AUGGUGCCGCUUAAGUUCGUCGUGCCCUAUGGAGACUCCAGGUAUCCCGCCGAGGCCUGGGGCUACCCGCUGGGCAUGCACUGCAGGAACCUGCGCGUGCUCAAGCAACAGGGCAAAAAAAUACCGUUCUUCACCGAGAACGACCUGAUAGCCCUGAACUUCCCGUGGGAUAUGCGGCAACACAAGUGGAAUGUAUUCGUGCUGCCGUCGCUGCAGAAAUACUACGAGAUCAACGGCCACAGUGAAGUGCCCAGCGUGUUUGUAGUGCCGUCGGACGAUGACCGAUGGCCUAAAGUGCUUUGGGGUUUCCGACUAGGACAGACCAUUACGAGCAUCAGGUACGCGGACACAUACAAGGCACAGCGCGAGGCGUCCGUGCAUGAGCUGGACAAGAUCGAGUUCUCCACGUUGACGUGGCGAGAGCGCAUGUGGGACACGAAGAUUUUACCGGCGCUGGCCGCGUUUAAGCGCGAGUUUGGACACUGCAACGUGAAUUUCAACUUUGUGGUGCCCAACGAUCCCAACUGGCCCAAGACGACGAGAGGACUGAGACUUGGAGCUACUGUCGCCAAUAUGCGCUGCAGAGGCAAUUACGACGACAUGGCGGAGCGAGACAAGGACAAGUUGAAGGAGAUCGGCUUCGUCUGGAACCCGGAAGACGACCGGUGGACCUACAGAAUCAUGCCCGCAUUGGAGGCGUACUGCAAGAUUUAUGGCCACGGCUGGGUGCCCGUCGAUUUUGUUGUUCCGAAUCAAGAGCCGUGGCCAGAAGACACACGCGGGCUGAGGCUUGGGAAUAUUUUCAUGAAGGUCCGACACACCGGGGCAUACUCGUCGUAUGUGGAACGAGAUAGUGAGCGCCUUGAAGCUCUCGGAAUCGACUUUAAAGCGCCGUACGAACCGUUUGCAAUGGCGAUUAAGGCGCAGUGUUGA